AGCGGAGAGAGGCCAGUCGGUAGCGGCGCGUCCCCCAGGCGCGAGUCGCUGCGAUGAGUCGGUACAGGCGCGCAUCCGCGGCGAUGGACGGCGCCGCGUCGGCGGUCCCGGUGCUCCUCGUACGCGUGCUCGCGGUGUCCCUCGCGCUCCUGUGGCCGGUGCUGAGCGAGGAGACGACGAGCCUGACCGGGCGCAUGCGGGCGAUCAGCGAGGACCUGGACCGGCAGCUCAACGAGAUAAUGGCCUCGCAGGCGCUCACCUACUCGGCGGUCAACACCGUCGGGCUGCCCUACAACGCCACCACCAAGUUCAACCCGAAGGGCAUGGGCCAGCUGUACAACGUGACGAAUACGUUCAUCGACCUGGUGCAGAGCAAGCAGGCGUAUCCGGAGGGUAUGAUCACUCUGGUCGACGGUACGCCGGUUUUCGCGGAUCCUCUGAAGGAGUGGAAGAUAAUAGUGACGCACUACGGCGGACUAGCCAGCCUCGCUCUGAUCGGACUCAUCCUGGCAGCUAUUCUCCCUUGCGCGGGUCUCUUCUUCUGCUGUUGCAGAUGCGCGGGGCACUGCGGUGCUCGGAGCCAGCCCUUCGACAAAAAGCAUGAUCACUGCAGGAAGAUUAUGCUCAGCAUCUUGUUGAUCGGGGUCGCCACUAUCAUUCUAUUCGGCGUGGUGUGUGCCUUCGUGACGAACGAGUACAUGCAGGAGGGAACCAAAGAGCUUCCGUGCAAAGCCAAGACUAGUCUGAAGGACGUCAAGCUCUACUUGACUACCACGAAGCAGGAGAUCGACAAUUUGCUCAAGACCAAUCCCGAGGAGCUGGAAGUUACGCUCAACAAUAUCCUGCAGGCCAGCGGCAAAAUCGUUACCGAGCAACUGGCGGAAUACUCGCACGCUGUCUCCCUGACGAAUCUGAACGACAUCGUCGCCGGCUUGGAGUCGAUCAGGGAGGACCUGAGAUUGAUGAAUAAGAUUACGCAGGAAUUGCGGAUAAACGCCAGCCAAUUGGACAUUGUCGUUCGUGGCGUCAAGAAAAACCUUCUUCACACGCUGGCUGCGUGUACGACUGACAAGUGCCAACGGGUUCUGCACGACUACAAAGUGAAUCAGAUGUCGGUACAGGUGGACUUCGAUAAGUACAUGGACCGUUACUUCCCAAAGCUUCUAGUAUCUCUGCCGGAUGUUACGUUCGCGUUGCAUAACAUCACCGUGCUCAUGGAGAGCAAUAUAGUGUCGGAGGUGAGCCAGGGCAGGGAUUCGUUUCUCAAGAUCCAGAAGGAUAUACAGCACGCCGUUAAUCAGACGAUCCCCGUGGUCAGCGCGAGCAUCCGACGGGCCUGUAACUUCCUGGCGAGCAUCGCCAAUAAUAUGACUGCCCUCAUCGACAGGAUAAAUGUCGACAUAGAUAAGGUUUACAUGCGACACUUGGAAGUUGCCCGGAGCAAUAUAAAUCAGUAUUCGCCUUACAGAUAUUAUCUUGGCCUUGGUAUAUCCGGUAUUCUUCUGACUGUCUUAAUGUGUUUGACGUGCGGUCUGUUCUGCGGUAUUUGCGGAAAGCGUCCAGACGGAUACGGAGAUGAUUGCUGUAAUAAGGGGUCUGGCGCACGGUUUCUCAUGAUGGCUGUGUGGAUUAUCUUCCUUUUGACGAGCGUCCUGAUGGUUAUAACCGUUGUUCAUAUGAUAACCGGCGUUAUGGCUCAACGUGGUAUCUGCGAGCCCUUGAAGAAUCCGAAGGACAACAGGAUGUUCGAGCUGGUCGACGAGCUCGUGCAGAUCAAGAGAAUACUCUACCCGAAAAAUCCUAAUGCGCAUAUUAAUAUGAGCUACAUUGUAACCAAAUGCCACGAGAACGAGACGCUUUACAACGUGCUGAAUCUGAAAAAUGUGUUUGACGUUGAGAGCCUGCGCGAUUACAGUGGGCGUUACGACAUCAAUGACACUAUCCAGCAGCUGCGCCGAAAGAUCAGUCUCUCUCCCGGCGUGGUGAUCCUGAAGGAUAGCGCGAGAUCCAAGCUGAACGAUCUAGCGCAGAGCGGCCUCAGCGACAUCAAGUUCUACCAGUACGCCGAGCUGCUCGCCGAGAACAUCACGAAUAUUAACUUGGAACAUCUUGCCAAACAGCUGCGAGAAGUUUCCGCGAAAUUGCCGGAGGGACAAGAGGAAAUCAGGCUCAGUCUCGAGAAGAAUGCGCAUGACUUGGAACAUUAUCACAGAGACUUGGUUAUGCCCAUGGCCACGCUCAGCGAGCAAUUGAGCGCGAACGCGCUGACGCUUCAGGAGAACAUUAAGUUCAAUCAUAGCUCGAUGGCGGACGCUAUUCACGAUCUAGUGGAUGAGGUUACCAAGGCGCAGCAAUUCUUAAACAAGGACGGGCCGGAAUACGUUCAAUACCUCGCCACUAAAUUUGGCAAUGCAUUCCUACACCAAGUGGACAAUUUCCUCGAGCACGUCAUUGAAUCUGCAAUGUUCAAGAUUGGAAGAUGUGCCCCCGUGUCGAAUGCUUAUAAUGCAACCCUCGUGGCAGGAUGCAACAGGAUUUUGGAUCCAUUUAACGGCUUCUGGGCGAGCGUCGGCUGGUGCUUGAUCCUAUUCAUACCAACGAUAGUGCUCUGUGUGAAGCUGAGCGCUCUGUACCAAAAGUCGGAUCCAUACCCGGGGCCUCUUGUCGAAGCUGAAUAUUUGUAUGACGCGUACGCAGACAGGGAUAACAUACCCCUCGCCCAUGUCCACGACAAGAAGCACGUGUCCCACAGCAGGCACCAUCCCGCGGCGUACGUCGAGAGCUACGACGGGCCAGCGGUGGGAUACGAACGCGAGAGGAUCCCCGACGCCCACCAGAGCACGUCGCACCACGACUCGAGAUACUCCGACGUGGCGCCCAAAAAUUGGGACUUCCCCAACGGUGGUCCGCCAAGGUAUCAACCAGCUGCCGGGGCUCCGCCCCCUUUAAGCACUGAGUACGAACGACCGCCGCCCUAUUACUAUCCUGGGCCAGGGGAUAGAAAUUAGGAAACAAGUGCCGUGGCAUGCACCAAAGCAGCGCUGAACAGUGUGGCGACGCACAGCCUCACGCGCAGCUA